GAGAGAGAGAUGGGGGGAGGGAGAGAGAGAGAGAGAGCUUUCUUUUCUCUGUAUUUAAUAAUUAAGGAAGCACAACCAUAGUAUAUAGUACACUGUCUGUGUAUGUGUGUGUGUGUGUUUCCACUCUCCACUCACUCACUCUCUCUCUCUCACUCAAUGAUAGUUGGCUCCUCUCCUCCUCCUCUUCUUCUUCUUCUACUACUACUCCCACUGCUCCUCUAAUGGUGAAAGCAGCCCAUCUCCUCCUCUGUGCUCCUCUGUUUCUUGUGUGACCCCAGCUAUGGGAAAGAAGACUGGGUGUUCUUCCUCUUCUUCCACCUCUUCCUCCACCACUUCCUCUUCCUCUUCCUGGCUGACCCUCGUGAAGAGGGCCUUCAGGUCCCCCACCAAGGAUAACACCGACAAGCGCAACGGCAGACGGCGAGAAGAAAAUGCCCAUGAAGACGAAGAAAAGAAGAGGGAGAAGCGAAGAUGGCUGUUCCGCAAGUCGAGCUCUAGCCAAGCUGAGGCCAAGCCAAAGGCGGAGACGUGUGCAACGGUGGACCCCGUCAUAGUGAACGAGCAAAGGCACGCGAUUGCAGUGGCUGCAGCCACAGCUGUGGCUGCCGAAGCGGCAGUGGCAACAGCACAGGCGGCAAUGGAGAUUGCUCGACUCACUAGGCCAGCCACCAACUUCUCCAAAGAAAACUGGGCUGCCGUCCUCAUUCAAACCGCUUUCAGGGGUUACUUGGCAAGGAGAGCUCUGCGUGCCCUUAAGGGCUUGGUGAAGCUCCAAGCCCUUGUUAGAGGCCACAACGUCCGGAAACAGGCGAAACUGACGCUCCAGUGCAUGCAAGCCCUCGUGCGAGUGCAACACCGAAUGCGGGACCAGCGUGCGAGGCUGUCUCACGAGGGUAGCAGGAAGUCCAUGUUUGCUGAAUCUAACAACCUCUGGGAGUCAUCCUACCUUCAGGACAUACGUGAGAGGAAGUCGAUUUCUAGGAACACGAGUUGCGCAGCAGAUUUCUGGGAUGAGCAGCCGAUCAACGAAAUGGUCGAUAUUGAGGCGAUGCUGCAGAGCAGAAAAGAGGUUGUGUCGCAGCGAGAAAGAGCACUAUCGCGAGCCUUUUCUCAACAGAUGUGGAGAACUCAACGUCACCCGUCUCUCGGGGAUGAAAAGGAGUUUGAGGAAGAGAAGAUCAAGUGGCUUGACCGGUGGAUGGCAACGAAGCAGUGGGAGAGUGACGGUAGAGCUUCGACCGACAGGAAGGACAAUAUCAAGACCGUCGAGAUUGACACUUCUCGGCCUUAUGCAGUGCCGAGAAAUGGCCGAAGAUCAGCUUCCUAUCAAAGUCACCAGCACUACUACAACAGACCUGCGACCCCACAAUCGGUUGCUUCUCCGCUACAUCGGGCCCACCAGAGCACGCCCCUCCACCAACAUUCCCCGGCAACUCCUUCUCCGUCCAAGACUCGGCCUAUCCAAGUACGAUCGGCGAGCCCGCGAUGCUACAGGGACUUGGAGAGGUGCUACUCGGCGGCCAACACUCCAAGUCUAGCUGCCUCAACCAAUUACUGGCUUAACGCCACUGCUCACAGGAGCAGUACUGGUGGGGCUGGAAUGGCUCCGAUUUCCACGUCGAUCCCCAACUACAUGGCAGCCACUGAAUCAGCCAAGGCCCGAGCCAGAUCCCAGAGCGCCCCGAGGCAGAGGCCAUCCACGCCCGAGCGAGACCGGGUAGGCAGCGGCUCCUCUGCAGCCCGGAAACGCCUGUCUUACCCUGUCCCUGAUGCUCAGGGAGGAUUUUACGGGAUCAGCGGCACGAGCAGCUUCAGCCAGAACCUGAGGAGCCCGAGCUUCAAAAGCGCUCACUGCAGCUUUUACGGGAUGGAGCAGAGAUCGAACCUGUCAUGCUACACGGAGAGUCUCGGGGGCGAGAUCUCCCCUUGUUCGACAACCGAUCUUAGGUGGUUUAGGUGAAGCAAUUACUAUGUAUCCUAGGAGAGACAAAUCAUCACAAUUCUGCCCGCGACGACACAGCUUGAUUAGGUCCCUUGUUAGGCAAUUUGUUCUUUGUUUGUUGUCUUAGUUGGUAUUAACCUAGCUACUCAGCGGAUGGAAGCAAUGGUUGGGAUAUCUAAUGCUCAGUUUGAAAUAUCUACCGGUGAGCAAUGAGUCAACGAACCAACUGAUGAGCGUAAUCAUGUCGUAUGCCUCGAGCCUCGACUGAUGCGGGGCGGUAGUGCGGACCGUCACAUGAAUGAACAAUAUGCUUGCACCCAACAAUGCCUUGAUUUAGUAGAUUGGGUUUGAUAA